CCGCCGCAUUAGCAGCGGCCCGUGAAGGCGGCCCCGGCUACCGGCAGCGUCGCCCUGGGGCCGUUGUGGCUGCGCGGGAGUGGCCCAUCCUUGCCUCUCGUCUCCUCCCUCCUUCCCCCCCUCAGUGCCUGAGCCAUGGCGGCGCCGGAGGACGCGGUGGCGGCUGCUGCGGCCGCAGGGGGGUGACCGCCUGAGGUGGAGGCGGCGGCGGCUGUGGUGGUCGGUGAGCGGCGGCGGCGGCAGGUCGGACGGAGGCUGGCUGCGGGAGGAGGAUGCGCGAGUACAAGGUGGUGGUGCUGGGCUCGGGCGGGGUGGGGAAGUCGGCGCUCACCGUGCAGUUCGUCACCGGCACCUUCAUCGAGAAGUACGACCCCACCAUCGAGGACUUCUACCGCAAGGAGAUCGAGGUGGACGCCUCCCCGUCGGUGCUGGAGAUCCUGGACACGGCCGGCACCGAGCAGUUCGCCUCCAUGCGGGACCUGUACAUCAAGAACGGGCAGGGCUUCAUCCUGGUCUACAGCCUCGUCAACCAGCAGAGCUUCCAGGACAUCCGCCCCAUGCGCGACCAGAUCAUCCGCGUCAAGAGGUAUGAGAAGGUGCCUGUAAUCUUGGUUGGAAAUAAAGUGGAUCUGGAGAGUGAGAGGGAAGUUUCAUCGAGUGAAGGCAGAGCCCUGGCUGAAGAAUGGGGUUGUCCUUUUAUGGAGACUUCUGCUAAAAGUAAAACAAUGGUGGAUGAACUCUUUGCAGAGAUUGUCAGACAGAUGAACUAUGCCUCUCAGCCAGAUAAAGAUGAUCCAUGCUGUUCUGCAUGUAAUAUACAAUAGCAUUCCAAAUGAUGGAAUUGGACCUAAUUUGCUGUAUUUUGGGUAAGGUAAUACAACUGACUACUUUGCUUUGUGAUUUGAAGUUGGGUCUCUUGAGAUAAAUCCAAAGUGGAGUAGCACCAUUAACUCCAAGUGGAAAAGAAUUGGGAUAAGCUUCUGCAGUUUCCAUACCUGCGGAAUUGGGGAUAAGCUUUUACAGUUCACUUACCUGCAGCACAUCUCCUAUACCUUCAACUCUGUGGCCUGGCCAACAGAUUUACAGGGUGAGCACAAACAAUGUAUGUUGGCUUUGUCAGACAACAGCUACGGCUUUAAGUGAAGAGUUGUUGAUGAUGGUGAACAGGAGAGCCACCAGCAAAGACCCUUUGCACUCUGCAUAUUCUCUACUGAUAAGUAACUGUUAACAAAGUUUAUGUGUCUGCAUAUUGAAUUUCAGGACUUGUCACUUGUGGCCAAGUUUACUCAGUCAAAUAUGCUAAUUUCAUCUUUGACGCAAGUGUUAGUAGGAUUAUCGGCAAAUUGAUGUAGUUCUGUUUUUUUCCCCUUUAAAUUUGAUUGUCUUCUAUUAUCCCAUCAUACGAAAAGGAAAAUAUUCCAUCAGUACUUGAAGGUAAACAGAGGAGCUCUGAAAAAAGAAAUCAACGGCUUGUGAAGAGAACAGUGGGACGUUGGGAUGUGUUAAUAUUCUGCUUUGCUGCUCAGAAAUGAUCGAUUGCUUCGGAUUGCUGUUCAGUCAAGAAAGCAAACAAACCCUCUGUUUACAAAGCAGGAAAUGUGUUCAUCUCUUUACUGAACCAGGAAGAAGCAACUGUGAUGGGGGUAAAAAAAUCGCUUAGCCUUACUAAUGAGGAUUUUUUUUUUAGCACAUUAAUAAGUACCACCUUGUAAGGAAAAUGAAGCCAUGUUGUAUCCAGAUGUUCCUUUUUUGCAGAAACCUUUUAGGGACUGUAUGAGCAUCCUGCAUUUUUAAGUUUAAGGAUACCAGUUUAUUUCUUGCCUUUAAGGGCUAUGUCUUUGAUGUGAUACCCCAACUAACCUAUGGAAUUCAAAUUUGCCAUUUUAUAGCUUUAAUGUUGGCAAUUUUGGUUAAUUGAAUUAACUGUGUGAAGUUACUUUGGCUCAGAAGUUGAAUACACAAUAUUGUAAUUCCAUAUGUGAGCGAGAAAAGGGUUCUUGUCUUCAAUUGCCUAACAUGCUAGUCAGGUGCUGCCAUACAGUGAUCCUGUUGCCCUGGUUAUUGCUGUGACAAAUAGUGAGUGAAAACGUUGUUUUGAAAUGGUGCUCAUCCUCUGAUCUUAAUUUUCAUAGCAGUGAAAUACUUAUAAUUUGCAUGACUUAACAGCACCAGUUAUAUCUAUUCUGAUGUCUUACAAUCAAGGAAGUUUCCGAUCAGAAUGUCUAAGGCUGAAAUGCUGGAGUGAUCAUGUUGAGCUGGACCUUGAUGGAUAAAUUUGGCCUUUAAAAUGCAAUAUCACUGAGCCUGGGUCCAAAUACCACCCCACAGUUUGGUUUCUCAGUCUUGUGAAGUAGCUCUGUAGUUUCUUGUGUAGAUGAGUGGAGACGGGUGUAUGUGUCUUGUGUGCGUGUUGGUGGGUGGGUGUGGAACUUUUUACAAAUGCUGUAAUGAACUUGAGUUCUGAGAUGUUUGCCUCCAUCAGCAGAAAAACAACCUGCAAUCUAACGUGUGUCUACGAAACUGAAUUCAGAAGCAUUUUUUUAAAAAAAUUGACAACACACGUCCACUUUAUUUCUUACACAGCGGAACACUUUUAAUUUAGUUCACUUUCUAACAACUUAUCAAUAAUGAUGGAUGAUUAUAGGCCACUAUUGCCUUAGUCCUUGCGUGAUUCCCCACCCCACCCCACCCCCGUAAUCAAGAAAACAAAGAGUGUAAAGCGAAACAUGAGGUCCUACUCUGGAAAUGUAGCUCCUUCCCAAGCAGCUUGCACAGUCAUGGAGGUUUUGGCACUUAAGAGUGUCUCAUAUUGACAACCUGCAUACGUUAAGGGGGGAAAGACUCUCAGAAGAUCACAGUCCCUAAAAUAUUUUGGGAGGGACGUUAUCCAGCAGUAGCUUUGUCUCUUAAAAAAAAUAACCAGCUUCACUAUUCAUAUAAAAAUGAGAUGAGUUAUAUAACAUUAAUUUUGAUUGCAUAUUAUGCAGCUUUAUUCCAAAAAUAUUUCCCACCCUGCAUGUCAUAUUGUUUACGCAGUGAUUACAGGGGACACAAGUAAGAUGAACGGUGGGCAUAAAUGGCAAUUCUGGUAAAAAUGACAAUAAAAAUGGGCAUGAUUUUGAUGUGGAAGUCUUCGCAUCAAUUAUAUGGUGACCUUAAACAGAAUAAUUCGAAGUACUUCCUCAAUAAUGCUUUUUGCUGUUUUAGAGACAAGGCAUUGUGUGUUCUUGCAAGAGUGUAAUCAUUUUACAUUAUGUGUAAUUCUAAGGAGGCAGCUUGUGUGCUGCUUGGCAUCUGCUUACAUGGCUGUAAGUGGGACAGUGAAGAGUUCAUUUAACUAAAACACUGUAAAUCAGUAAGAGGGAUAUUAAAGCCUACAAUUCGUCAUAUUAACAUGGGAUUCCCCCCCCCCUCCCAUGUCAUGUGUUAAGGCCAACAGAGUAAGUUGCAAGCAAACUGGGUGUCUAGUGUCACCAGCUCUCUAGUGCCAAUUCAAGAGGUGCCAGUACUCCUGUUUCGAUUCCUCUCUUCCUGAUCCUGUGGUGCUGAUUAGCUUCUCCCUCUUCCCGUUGUUGCUCUCUUGCAUCAAUAUUUUAUUUUAUUUUAAUUUUUUACAUUGGCUGACCUGGAAGAUGGACUUAAAGAAACUAGGGUAGCUGACUGCCAGCCUUCUCUAACCUGGGCCACUUAGCAACCUGGGCUGUGCGCCACUGGGCAUAUGGCACUUUUCAGGUAUAAACCUUGUAACGUUCACAAACAUGCCACGGUGGCACUCCCUCGUCCAUAAAGAUGAAGGAGUGGCACACUGGCAUGCAUCAGCACCGUUUUGGGAGUUGCUUGUCAAGGAUGACUGCUUAUUUUUGUAUCCUGAUCAGAUUCCAAUGAUAGUAAAUUUGUUUGGGUAUAACAUGCCUUAAAAUAUUAUCAUUUGAUCCAAAGACCCACUAUUCUUUAGCUAUUCUUGUAGAGCUUUGUAUUUUUCUGCAGCUGGCAUUUUUUAAGUUUAUAUUGUUGUAAAAUGUUGCAACUUCUUUUGAAAAUAUGUUAAUUCCCCACUUUGCUUUCUACAAAAGUUAAUCAGUUGUGAAAAUUUAAAAUAAGCCACCCUCACCUCGCGCCAUGUACGUAUUGGCAGUAGCUUUUCGGGACUUUCUUUUCUGGUUGGACCAACAAUAGAUUAUCCCCUUUAACUAUGUUCCCAUGUCUAAAUUUGGCAUUCAUUUCUGUGGGCAAACUUACCAGUAUUUACUUUUCUACAUGACACAUGCUGCCUAAAAAUGUUGUUCAUUUAGGGUGAGGGGAUACAUGGUUUUUCACCAGUGUGCAACUGAAGCACCAAUUGGGCUGUAAUUACAAAAUUCCAUGACAAAGCAAAUUUGACAACUGCAGGAAUUUUAAAGUCCAUUAUUCCUCUGUCAGUUCUUGAUCAGGGUUUCAAGAAGGGAUUGCAGUGUGUUUUUGAAAACUAGGUUUAACCAUUGACAAUUUGGGAUUUCCUAGAGUUGAAUAAAGAUAUUUAACACUUGAUUGUUGAGCUCUGUAACAACUGAUAACUGAAAAAUGGAGUAAGUUUUUAUAAGGUGUCAGUCAGUUGUUUAAAUCAAAAUGUUUCAAAAUAAAUCAAAUUGUACAUAGAACUCAAUGCAAACUCAGCAGUUGUAUUUGGAGUUAAAUUAUUUUAACAAAUAAAUUUAUUUAAUGAAA